GAUUAUUCAAACGGAUUCCGACACAGCAGCGUCCCAAUUCCGUAUAUCUCAGUCAGGAGUCUAUAUCUGGUCUGAAUCCCUUGCACUCCCGGAGUGGAAGCUUCCAUUUCUAGAGAGAGAAAUUUGUUAGAGAGCGAGAGAGAGAGAGAGAUGGGGCUGGAGUGGAAAGUGCCAUCGGGUUCGGGCGAUGCCGGGAGCAAUACUAGCAGUGAAGAGGUUGGGCCCAGUAGCAGCAGCACGGCGGAAUCAGGUGGCGUACGGCGGUUUCCGGUGGCGGCGCAGCCGGAGAUAAUGAGAGCAGCAGAGAAAGACGAGCAGUACGCCUCCUUCGUAUACGAUGGAUGUCGUGACGCCUUCCGCCACCUCUUCGGUACAAGGGUUGCCGUAGUUUAUCAGAGUGAGACAAAACUUUUGGGACAAAUGCUUUAUUAUAUAUUAACAACAGGUUCGGGGCAACAAACACUUGGAGAAGAAUAUUGUGACAUCACUCAGGUUUCUGGAUCAUAUGGACUUCCUCCAACACCUGCUAGGCGUGCCCUAUUCAUUGUCUACCACACAGCAGUUCCUUACAUUGCAGAAAGAAUUAGUUCGAGAAUUGCUUCUCGUGGCAGUUCCCUCACUGAUUCACUGUCUGAUCAUCUGUAUGGCAACGAUGCUCCUGGGAGUAGUCAAGUUCAAUCAUCCGCAGUUGCUACAAUCCCAUCUGCCCCUGCAUCAGGAGCAAAUGUUUCGGUUUUGUCGAGGUUGAAACAAAAAAUUAGUGGGCUAUGGCUAUAUGCAAUUCGGACAUGGCCCUCGAUGCUUCCCUUAGCCCGCGAAUUUUUGCAAUUGGUUCUUCGCACUAACCUCAUGUUCUUCUACUUUGAAGGCCUAUAUUAUCAUAUAUCAAAACGUGCAGCAGGCAUUCGUUACGUGUUCAUUGGAAAACAAAUGAACCAAAGACCUAGAUACCAAAUACUGGGGGUAUUCCUUUUAAUUCAGUUAUGCAUCAUUGCUGCUGAAGGACUACGUCGCAGCAAUUUAUCUUCCAUUGCAAGUUCAGUUCACCAAGCAUCUCUAGGGACACACCAUGCUUCUGCAG